AUGAUGAAGGGUAUGAAACUCUUCUUCCUAACCACCAGUUCUCUGAAAAAGCUUGAAGAUCUGAUAUUUGCUUUUUUAAAAACAGAAAUGAGUUUUACAGAUCAAGACUUGCUAGGACAAGCCUUUGAAGAUGCCUUGGAGGUGUUACAGCAACAUUCCUAUGGGGACUGUAAUUAUGCGCCAGAAGACUUUAAAAACUGUUUGACUUACCAUCACCAUUCUCUCCAAGCAAAUCCAAGUUACCUAUCAGAUAAACCAAUAUAUAGUUGGAGUGAAACACCGACUUUACUAAAUACAGAGGCAGAUUUUUAUCUGGGUGCAGCUGAGUACCAUACUCUGCAGACUGUUCCAGAAAAUCCAGAGAUGUGUGCCAUACCUUUGCAGCAAAAAGGCAGGAAAGGCAGGAAGAAGCUUCGCCUGUUUGAAUAUAUUCACGAAUCUCUCCAUAAUCCAGACCUGGCAAACUGCAUCCAGUGGUUAGAUAAGCCCAAUGGCGUCUUCCAGUUUGUUUCCAAACACAAGGAGAAAUUGGCAGAACUGUGGGGGGAACGCAAGGGAAAUCGGAAGAUCAUGACCUACCAGAAGAUGGCCAGAGCUCUGAGGAAUUACGGAAGAACAGGAGAAAUUAUUAAAAUCCGAAGGAAACUGACCUAUCAAUUUGGUGCCAUGGCUUUGCAAAGGCUUUCUCUGGCUUACUUUCAUGGGAAAGAGGGAGAUUUUGAUCUCUGUCACCAAGGUGAUCAAAAGUGCCAGUAUGCAGACAGCUGGCUUUCUUAUCAUUACUACAUGUAA